UUAUAAAGUUAAUAUUAGGUUUGAAAUGUGAUUUAUAUCAGAUUAAUCACAUUAGAUCAUUCAACACAGAUUAUUAGUGGUGAGUUUGAUACUCAUACUCAAUGACACCCAUUCAUGAAUCAUUAGUAGAAGAAUUAUCCUAGUUAUCAAUACAGGCGUAUGUGCCAUGUCUUAAUGUAAUAUUAGUAUUUUAUUUAUUUAUUUUGAAAGGCAUCAGCGUCUGUAGACCUCAAAGGCUCAGGCGCGUGACAGGAAAACGCGCGAGCUGUUUUGUAACUCCGUUACAGUCAGGAAAUAAAGAUGCAUUGUGUGGAAGAAUAUGCUUCUCUCCACAUUCCAGAGGAACAGCAGAAUGAGGUUUUAGACACGGGUGCAGACAAAGCUGAGCUCCUGCACUCUAACCACUGCCUGAGGACGUUAUACACAGACAUGCAAAAAGCCGUCGAAAUGGCAGAGGACAACAACGUGCUUCUCAGGACUGAGAACAACGACCUAAAGAACCAAAUCAAAAGCUCGAGGCAGUCGAUUCAGAACCUUCAGCUCCUUGUGAAUGAACUGGAAGACAUUCGAGCUGCGAAGGCAGAGAAAGAUCAGAUCUGUGGUGAGAUCCAGGCCAGCCGGAAACAACUCGCAAAAGAAAACGAAACACUCAGACAGCAGAUAGACGAACUUUCUAGCGAGGCGUCAAGUUUUCUUCUGAAAAGCCAGCAACAGGACGAGGAGAUCACCAACCUCAGCUCUGUCCUGAGAUCAUUACAGCAACAGCUGGAGGAGCAGAGGCUUGAUCUGGAACACAAAGAAGAACUCAUACAUCAGAAGGAUUUCAUCAUUGAGCAGCUCAAAGACAACAUGUCAGAAUACAUUACCAUUAACCAGGACAUGAAGGAGAAGCUGAAGGAUUUGGAGGACCAGUUGGCUUUGGCUUUAGUUAGCGGUGAAGGGAGCUUUAUGAACGUGGACACAGACACACCGCUGAGUCCUGAACACUCAGUGUCACUCGGGGAAGAACUCGGAAUUCUGUUUGCAGAUCAGAUGAUCCCUGAGCAGGAGCAGAUAGAAGAGGAGAAAAACACAGAUACUCAGGAGGAACAAGCAGCACUUUAUGUAUCCAAAAGUGUGACACACAGCUGUUCGGAGAGCAUAAAGAGAGGAGCGUGUGCCACCGUGGUGCUCUGCUUCAGCAUGCUGGGUGUGUUUGGAGCGCUGACUCCAACCCUGUCCACAGACGUAUUGGACACCAUCCGUCACCUGAUCGAGCCGUACUGCCGGUUACAUCACACCGGACUUCCCCCUGUAUAAACACACACUCCUCUCCGCUGGAACAGACUCGAUUUAUUGGUAUGAUUGAUAACUUACGAUUGUUCAUAAUUAGAGCUAUUCUGCGCGUUCAUAUUAUUAUUAUUUUGCAUUUUGCACCAGCCUCGUCAUUUUCAUACAUUUCAAUAUAAUGUAGAGGAGCAUAAAAGUGUCACACUUCAAAAUGUCUUUUCAUAUUGAAACAUUUUGGGUUUAAAGUGCGGUCCAAAUUUCAGAAACCAGUAUAAUAUCAAUACCCAUCGUUCUUGAAAGAGGCGUCCACAUACAUUUGGAAAUUCAGUGUGUGUAUAUAUAUAUAUAUAUAUAUAUAUUUGAUGAUUCAUUUUCUUCUAAUUAACGACUUUUUAUGCUUCAAAUAAGAUAUUUAUAUAAUAUUCUAAUGUAUUUUCAAAUGUAUUGAGUUAUGCAAAUGUUGCAUAUAGUAAACAUACAUAAAAAUGUAUUGAAUGUUUUGCUUAGUAUAAGUAUAUAAAACCCAAAUUCAGGGUAUUCGUGUAUGAAAGCGUAUUAAAAAUGCAAAAACCACA